CUCGACGAUCAACCGGUUACCGUUGGCUCCGAAAGAAAGUAAGUUUCGAAGCAGAAGCUUGCUUCAUCCAUAGCAUAGGCAAAGCCAAAGGUGUUCUUGCGCGAUGAACUGCUGGAAAGGGAUGCUAGAGUUGUCACUAGCGAGCUGCUAGCGCUUGCAUGGAAUGUCGUGAGAAAUCUAUGGCUUGGAUCCCGAACCCGGUCGGUCAUCAAUCAUCAUGCUGCGAGCGCGCAAGAAAGUAAGAUGCAAAGUGUGUGAUAAGACCCUGAAUUCUUUGGAACUAUUCUAUUUACACGUGCAAGGUGAGACGCACAAGCGUGCUGCGCGGCGCUGGAAAGCCAACAACGCUGCUGAGACACCUGCAGCCGGUCGUGAAGGUGCCGCUCUAGACGACAAAGGUGGCACCAAUCCUGAUUCCACAAGCACGAAUAUUGCCACUGGACUGCCACGAUCAGGGAGUAGCAGUCAGUCGAAAGGGCCCAGUACUGCUGGCAGCGGAGGCAGUAGCGACAAGAGCUAUUGGUGUGCUGUUUGUGAAAAGCAGCUCACUUCCAGCGACCAGCUCAAAGCCCACGAAGACGGCAAAGCCCACCUUCGAAAAGUUCAGCAGCAACGACAGCAACAAGCGACGAACAAUGUCGACGCGUCAGAAGCGGGUACCAGUGCUGUGGGUGUCUCCGUCGGCCAAGGCCGGUGGAAGUGUACAGUGUGCAACGUUGAUGCAUCUUCUUACGACAACCUACAGGCACACCUGGCAGGCAAACAGCAUCAGAAGAAAGCCAGCCAGGCUGCCACUUUAGCCGUUGGCGGCGUUGCAGCAGAGCGGCAAGGAGAGUUCUACUGCAGUGUGUGCAAGGUCGACAGUACAUCACAGGUCAGCUAUGAAAUCCACUGCCAAGGCAAGAAGCACCAGCGCAGUGUGGAGAAAGCGAGUGCGGCGGCCACCGGCAGUGCAGACUGGGACUGCAAAGUCUGCAAGAUCUCUUGUACCGGCCAGGCUGCCUACAAAGCGCACUGUGAGGGAAAGAUGCACAUCAAGAAGUGCCGCGAUGCCGGUAUUGAGCUACCGGCGUGUGUGCGGCGUAAAGAAGAAAGCAGAUCGCACCCACCACUUGUUCUAUCACCGAAUGGGCAGAAAACGCCGGCGAAACUGAUCUCAACCAAGCUACGCGACUACCAGCUAGAGUUGUACGAGCAAGCCAUGCAGCAUAACCGAGUGUUGUAUCUACCCACCGGGAUGGGCAAGACGAAGCUGGGCACGUGCGUUCUCAGUCACAUGCUGCAGCUGAACCCCACGUACCAGGUGGUGUUCCUGGUCGACCGCGUUCUCCUGGUCGUGCAGCAGGCCAACGUGAUCCGCUCGGAGCUGGCGGAGGUACGUCUGCCCGGCGACCGUGCGGUGAAGGUGGCUGCACUGUGCGGUGCCAAGGCAGACCUAGACGUUGAUAUGCCGGGCGGAUCGGAGCGUGACCAUCACAUCAUAGUUGCAACUGCCGGCUGCUAUCAGAAUCUACUGGUUCAGAAAGUUCUUUUCUGGACUGACGUGGCAUGCCUGGUUAUCGACGAGGUGCAUCACUGUGGCAAACAGCAUCCAUUCCACGUCAUCUUGAAGAAGAACUUCCUCAAAGACAACGCACACAAGCCACGUUUGGUUGGCUUGACAGCUUCUCCUGCUGGUAAACAUGACGUGCCGACCACCAUCCGCCAGUUGAAUGGUCUGCUUAGUCGCAUGGAGGCGAAGCUGGGCACAGUGGUCUCGGAGGAAAGUCGUCAGAGUUACAAAGCAUUCCUGCGUCGUGCAGAGCUGCGCUGCGCAGUUGUGACACAUGGCAGUAGGCACAUUGACGAAACACAGAUGGCCGAAGCUACGGUGAGAAAAGAAGAUGAGAAAAAACCUGCCGCCGCUUCUUCAGCUUCCGUUUCGUCAUCUGCUUCAGCAAGCGCUGCCCGCAAGCCCCCGGCGCCUGCUUGUGUUCUCAGCUCGGAAGAAGAGAAGUUUGAGCGCAUGCUCACUUCCAUUGAGCAGUAUCUGGAAGAAGCCCUGCGGGCACAUGCUGGCUGUGGUCGGUGUGGCAAAGACAUGGCUGACCUCAGCCAUCUCCUGUCUAGCCAGCAGGAGAACGUCAAGGACACGAUGACGGCCGUGCAAUCAAUGACGUCUCGUCGCCUGUCUGACGAUGCCACGGAACAGAGCUGCAUCGUGCCCCUGCAGCACUUUCAGAGUGUAGCACGUAGCUGGCUGGAGCUGAAGCACCGCCGAGCCGUGGAUGAGCUGCGCAAGCUGAACGACGCCAGCAAUGCGUUUGGCUUCAACAAAGUAUUCGCGAAGAAGUUGAAGAGUGAGACGUUCAUUCAGGAUUACCUGGAAGACGUAUUUGCAACAGCCGCCGCCACUGCUGUGUCCAAGCUGACUCUAUCUGACGAGGACCUGCACGAGGACGGGGCAUCAUUUGACGAAGAUGACGUUGACGAUUUCUCCUACGUGUGUGAAGAAGAAGAAGAGGAGGACUUCGAUGACAUCAUCAGCAUCGGAUCUCUGUCAGAUGGCGACGAGUAUGAUGACGACUAUUUCGAUGACAGCCCGGAUGGUGAACCCGAUGACGACGACGACUUCUUUCUCGAUUAUGGAGAAUGUGCUGAGGCGGAGGAAGAGGAGCUGACUAUGGAAGCCAAGCAGCAGAUUGUUGACAAGGUCAUAACGGAAAUCCUGAAACUCCCCUGGCAUGUGGGCACUGGUGAUCGGCCCAUUGCCCUGGUUCUUGUAGAGAGGCGUGAAGAUGCAAGAGACAUGGUUACGGCUCUCAAUGACAGCCCGGCACUGCAGGCCAAGAGCAUCCGCACGCUGCAAAUCAUCGGCCAGCGGGGCACGGCGCAGAUGGAGGGCAUGACGGUCAAGAAGCAGACAGAAGCGAUGGUGUCGCUGCACCAGGGACGCUGCAACAUCGCGGUGUGCACGAGCGUGGCUGAAGAAGGUCUUGACCUGCCAUCGUGCAGUCUGGUGAUUAAGACCAAGCUACCCACCACUCUGCCCUCGCUUGUUCAGUCAUGGGGCAGGGCACGCGCUCACGGAGCCACGUUCUUCGUCAUCUGCAAGAAUGUCGUCGAACAGGAGAAAGUGGCCUCGUUGCUCGAUCGUGAAAGGAACAUGGAGAAAGCGGCACGUCAGCUAGCCGACCAAGGGCUGGUCGUGUGAGUGGAUUAGCUGCUUUUUGACGCGCAGCUUGAGUGCCUGACAGAGCACAGCAGUAAUAGUUUGGAAGUUGAUUUGUUACACCGGUGAUUAUGCAGUAUUGUAAACUAGAUAUUAGACUACUUUUACUUCCAUUGUACAUGCUGGUACUGUGGCAGGUGUACACGUGUAACUUAGUAUAUCAAUACGAUGUGCCGUGCCAGUGCAGAUAGCAAAGGAGCUGCAAUCUGUGAUUCCCAGAUACUACCGGGAGAGUUUUAAUUUGCUGUGACGUUGCAGUCCCUGAACUGUAGCUAGGGACUUUAUCACGAAAGGAAGCAGUGCCAAGAAAACGUUACCCCGGCCACAGUGGGGCUGUACUAGGGUGUCAGUUUGAUACUUCAACACGACAUGCAUAACCUUUUGAUCGCUAAAACAACACUCUCCUGUCUCGACAUUUUUUUAGGAUCAUAGUCAACCAGCAUCAGGGAGUCCUCAGACUCGUAGAAGACCGGUCUUUUACUCGGCUUUUAUUUCCUAUUGACCUCGUACUCAGUCAAUAUCGAUUUGACCCUAA